CCGGAUCCCAAGAGCAUGAGCCUCACUCUUCGCCCAGCCUUGUGCCUGUAACGUUGUGACUCUCGGCUUCUGUUCCCGUGAAGAUGUGCACCAUUGGACACCACCAUCUAGCCAUCCUCCUCCUUCUUGCGCUCCAGGGAACAUCAGCUUUGCAGAGGGAUGUUUAUGCCAAACGCAGCACGUGGUGGACGAAACGGUCCUUGGCUACCAGAUACAACACAGACGAACCCACUCCAGGCUGCAACCUCUUUACAACGAAGGGAGUCGAGUGUGCAAUAGAAAAGUGUUCAGACCAGUAUGGUCUCUGCUCAUACUCAGCCCGGAAUUCUGCAGAACUCAGCCAUUGCUCCUUCCUCUUUCAUUCUUGCGUGUCCAACUGCUUCAAACAGGAUCUCCCAGUAGUACCUUUGACAGUGUAAAGUAGGCGACGCUUAUGCCCAGCUUUGUACCUUGCCCAUCUACAGGCACUGAGCAUUUAAGGUCAAAAACAGAAAGGCAAGGUUCUUGCAUUCGUGUUUUAUUUUUGUAUAGCAACCAAUUUUUUUUUUUUUUUUCUAUUGGUUUCAUAUUUUUUUUUAUAUAUCAGUUCGUUCCUAUACUAUAUUUCAUUGUCUCGUUUUAUUAAUAAGAAUGGAAAAUGGGUAAAUCUGAUAUAGACGGCAAAUUAUCUUACAAAUGAGUCAGAAUGUGUCAAAAUAUAAUUAUCUAAUAAAAAGUUAUGAAUAAGCGUCAAAAUCGAGCAGCCAUUUGCCUGACUGAGAAUAUGGUAUAAGCUAAAUGUCUGAAUUACACAAGUUUUAAAGCUACGUAAGUUUAUUUUAUAUUUUCUCAGUACAGCAAUUAAUGUAACUUUAGUACAUUCGAGCUUACCAACAUUAUCACUUUGUGCACAAACCUCCGCGUUAUCGGUGCCCAGACCGUAAUAAUAAAAGGCCCCAUCCAGACGAACGGGCUGUGUCGGGCAAACACUGUAAACCAAAUAAUGUUCCAAACCAACGCUUAGAGGGUGGUUGGCGGGCACGAGUGUAGGCUGUUUACUGGACAACCACCACGGUCACUACCUCACCACAGCUCGGGCUGGUGUGUGCCCUGCACCCGUGGACAACAACAACACAUAUGUGCCGGGAGGUAGCAGUGCCCGUCGACCUGCCCCUUCAUCCGGAUGGGGCUCAACUGCUACGGACGUUUAAGAUAUGCGCAUUACGGGGCUGUUUUUAGGAAAAGAAUGCUUCGGAGUUUAUGUAGCUCGCUAAAUGACAAAUGUGCUGUAAUGCUAUAUAGAUAUUUCUAGUGAAAAGCUGUAUGUUGUGAUAGGCAUACGAAAUAGGUGAAAUGAUUUUCAAAAGGUAGAGAAUUGUAGUACGAGAUGAAUGAUGAAAUUGUGGUUUGUGGGAUGAUGAUAAUUAUGUCAAAAUGGAUGAAACUAGACAUUUGGUAUUAGAAACGGUUUCAACAUGUGUCAGAAUGUUUCAUAAUGCUAUUUUCAGUGCUUCAGCAUAUGUCAGAAUGUGCCAAAACUAACAGAGGCGCUGUAGCAUCCCUGUAUAUUAGUGAUGAAGAUCCUUCUGUAGAAAACAACAGUUGAUGCUUUACAUCUAUUUUGACGGAGACAAAUUAUAUAAAAAUGUCACCAGACAAUAAAGAAACUGCUGUCAUCUAUGUUUGAUUUCUCUUCGCUGUCCAUAAAAAAUGCAUAAAUGUCAACAAGAACACACUAACACCAAAAUUGUUGCAUAUCAUUGUACUUUACUUUAGUUCCUACUACUUGACAGGAUUUAUUCAACACUUAUUACAACAACAAUUCUUAGACACUCUACCAUCAAAAUAACAUUACUUAUAAAAACAUUGUCUUAUGAGUAGUCACUUUUUAAAAUAAUUUAAGUGACAGCACUUCAGUUAAAAAAAAAAGAAGAAAAAUACUGCAUUGCUUUCGUCAUAACAGGGAAAUAAUGACUAUUUCUUGAACAUCAUAUUAUGAAAAAUGUAAAACCUGAUGGUGAUUAAUUCUAUGCAAGUUCAGGCAAAGAAUAUAAUUGUGCAGACAGUGCUACUACACCUAAGCACAAACAUUUCCUCCAACUACACUGGAACUUUGUGCAAGUGAAUAUAGCGGAAAUCAACCAAAGUGCAAGAUUUACAAAAUGGUGAAAACAUUUAAGUCUUCUGAUAAAACAAAUAUUAAUUCUAAAAAUAUCCCUUGUGUCCAUAGCAUAGGUAAAUAUUUACUCUUGAGUUUAUGAGAUAAAGAAUAAUCAACCACUGUAUUGAUUUAACUGCUAACCUUCAUACAAAAUUGCAAAUUGCAGAAUCCAUUAGCAUCAGGAACAUACAUUGAGGUUGUCAUGAAUAAAAUAAUUAGCUCUGACUGCUUCUCAAUUUAUCAUUUUUAAUGUGUAUCAUUUAACCAUUACAAUAAGUGCCAAUAUAAUGGAACCUAUAAUACAUAACAAAAUAUCCAAAUGAUAUAAAAAUACGAAACAAUCUUCAAAAAGAAAAGCUGUGCAUGACUCUAAAAAAGCAUACAUGACAACAUAUUAUCUCUCAACAAUAAAAGAAAAUAUGUGGUAGUUUACAGUAUACAUCAUCAAAAGAGCUAUACAGAAAAACUCAUCUUGACCAAUGAAAAAUUCUUUUACUGACAUGAGAGAUGCUGAUCCAGCAUUGAUUUUUUGUAUUUCAGGCCUUAUACAUGCUUCCGAUUAACUCAAAAGUGCAGUGUAACUGCCUGAAAUCAAGUCAGUUACUCUAAGUAGAAAAGAAAUUGGAAAUAUAAAACAACUAAGCCUAGUUUUCAUCACAUAUGAUUUGAACUUUACAUGGAAUAAGAACUUCACAUAGGAUCUGAACUUUUCUAAUAUUGCACUUACAGUUCCCAUUCAUAUUCAUAGUUAUUGGUACCUAACCCCUUGGAUCCACGUGAUGUGACCAUGGCAUCAUGAAAAUAUGUUUAAGCAGAAAAAGAGAUAACAUUUCAAUGGGAGGCAAGGUGUCUCGACUUCACACAUGAGUAUCAACGAGGUUCAGGCCUACAAACCACAUACCCAGGGGAAUUACAACUCAAGUAAUUCACUAAUUCACCAGGAUCCAAUUGGUUACACUGACCACACACUGCAAUAUUAAUAUUUACAAUGUUAGAUGUAAUGAAAAUUUCAUUACUUUAUCAAGUUAUGGAUAGGUAAUGUAGUUUGCAUUGCUACAAUGCAAACUAAUAAAUGCCUUACUGCAAUCAUUCUGUGUUGCUUCAUUACAUCACCGACAAGUUCUGAGUGUUUGUAUAAAAUAUGUCAAAUAUUUAUUUAAAAUAUUUUUUGAAAGAACAUACCAUAAACCUUACACAUGGAAUUUUCAAUAGUUAUUCCAUCCAUAAAAAAAAAAACAAUUGUUAUAGUAACUGUGCAUAACAUUAAAUAAAGUAUUGUGCAAACAGACUAACACUAUGCAUAUACCUAUGUGACAUCUCAUACAGUUUCAUUAUUAAAAUAUCACUUGAUUUUUCACAUUCAACAUUUCUGGUCCUUUAUCAUCCAUCUUGUACCGAUUUGCCAUGUUUCAGAGCUAUGAUAAAAUGGUCAACUAUAGCUUAAGGGAAUUCUUCUGUGAUUCUUCAACUUCAACUAAUACUGCUCAUUCCAAGACACAAGGAUGCCAGACUAUAAAAAAACAAAAGGCAUUUAUACAAUUCAUAAAUAUACCCAUAUCCAUUCACACAUACAUGAAGGCACUAACAAUCACAAUCACGCUCACUCUCUCACUCUCUCACUCUCUCACUCUCUCACUCUCUCACUCUCUCACUCUCUCACUCUCUCACUCUCUCACUCUCUCAC